CACACACACACACACACACACACACACACACACAUACAUACUGUCACUCUCAUGACAGACUUUGUGGUCUCAGCAGAGACCUUUGAGACAAAGGGCGAGUUUGUGCCAGAGACCUACGUCGCCGCCGCACGCAAGGUCAUUCCCCUGGGAAGCCUCAAGAAGGAGCUCGAUGCUGUCCGGGAAGACGUCUCUGGCGAGCUGUUUCACAUUAUCAACGAAGACUAUGCUGCUUUUCUUGCUCUCUCCACAGACCUCUCUGGCUUGGAUGAUGCUCUCGAUCGCAUCGCCGCUCCGUUGGCCACGGCUCGCGCUCAGGUCGCCUCGCUCCACGCUGCCCUCGAUGCUGCUCGCGCCACUGUCGCUGCAAAGGCCGCAGAGCGCGCUGCCGUUGCCGCUGCUCGCGCUCAGCUAGCUCUCUGUAUCGAUGCUGCCCGCUGUGUCGACAAGCUCGAGGCCUUGCUCGGUCUUCGCGCGUCAGGCGCCGGCCUCAACCGUCCCGCUGUCGCCGCCGCCUCGGACUCGCACGUUAUCGAGCGCGUUGGCGCAGAGCUCAACAGGCUGCUGCACUAUGUAGAGCAAGGCGAGGGUCUGGCUUUCAUCCGUGGCCUCACCCCGCGCAUCUCGGCCGUCCAGGACGCACUGCGCGCCUCGCUCCGCGAGACCUUUCUCGCCGCGCUCAACGCCGCAGACGGGCCGGGCCUCAAGCUCUCGCUCCGCACCUACGCCGCAGUUAAUGGUGUUGCCGACGCAGAGGCUGUCGUCGCCCGCCACGUUGUCACCCCUGCUCUCGAGGCUGUCAUCACCAAGGCCGCCCUCGAGGCCGGCUCGCUUGGCUCGCACAACGGUCUGCCCGCCAUCUAUGACGCCGUCGUCGUCCUCCUCCGCCGCCCGCAGCUUCGGCUCCUCCUCGAGCUCGCUGCUACAGUCUCGGUCCCGGCCGCGGCCUCGUCGGCCGACCAGCUGCCAGACGGCGCCGACGCCCCGCGUGCGGCCUUUGAGUUUAUGGGCAACGCCGUCUUUGCCGUCCUCCUUCGCCUCGUCGACGACCGCAUCCCACAUAUCUUUGCGCCUGGCCUCCCGGACCUCUUCCACACCAACUACUCGGCCACUUCUGCCUUUCUCGUCGCCGUCGAGUCCGUCCUCGGCCCGGUCGACGCCAUCCAAGCCUUCCGAGCUUCGGACCACUACCUCGCAUUUAUGCGCCGUUGGAACCUACCGGUCUACUUUCAGCUCCGUUUCCAGGGCCUCGUCGGCCCCUUUGCCGCUGCCUUUGACGCACCGCUCGCCCUCGCCGAGCUCGACGACGCGCCCGCGGACGCGCUUCCCGCCGCCGUCACCCAGACCCGCUCCCUCGUCACUGUCCUCGCUGACGUGUGGGCGCCGACCAUUGUUCUCCGCCCGCUCGUGGGCUCGUUCUUCAAGCUCUCGCUCCAGAUGCUCGCCCGCUACACCUCGUGGGUCGACCUCCUCUUUGACCGCCGCACACUCGGUGAGGCCGAUGAGACGCCCGUCUCGCUCUUUGAGCUUGCUGCCCUCGACGCCGACGCCAACGCUGUUCUUUGCAACGCUCUGCCGCGCCUCGAAGCCGCCGCUGUAGGCGCCCUCGGGCCCGAGACUUCGCCCGCCGCCGCCGACGCCGCUGCUGCCGCCGUCUCGGCCGGCCUUACCGCACCUGCCGCUGCCCUCGCUGCCCUCCGGCCCAAGGCCUCGGCCGCCAUCGUUGACCUCCUCACGUCUUCCCUCACACAGAACCUCGACGCUGAGCUCUCCGCCAUCCCGCGCGCCUACCGCGGCCUCUCCAAGCCAACUCCGACUACGGCAUCGGUCUUUCUUGCCACUCUCUUUGACCCGCUCGAUGAGUUUGAGGCCUCAGUCGUCGGCCUCGCUGCAGACGCCCGCCUCGCCGAGUGGCGGCUCAUGACUGUCGCAGCAGCCGCUACCGCCUUUGCUGCCAGCCUCCUUGCCGUCCUCACCUCGGUCAAGAACGCCGCUGACUCGCUGCGCCGCCUCCGUGGCGCCCGCCCCGCAGGCUCGGCCGGGCCGUCUGACACCUUUAAGAUCUACCGCCAGCUCUCGCUUGAUCUUGCCGCCUUUGACGCCGCCGCCUCCUCGCGUAUCACCUCCGCGCCCGCCGUCGCGCUCGCAGAUGUCUCCGCUGCCACCGCAGCGCUCGCCGACACCCUCGCGCCUGUGUUGGCAAGAUUGGCCGAGCUGGAGGCCGCCGAACAGUGA